AUGCGAUGGGCUGUUCUCUUCCUAUUUCACGGUGGCUUCGUCGCAGCACACAUGAGCCUCACAAAUCCACCAGCCCGAUAUCCGCCGCUUGAUUUCUUGGACUCAGCCAGAACGAAGGGCCCAUGCGGGGUGCCAAGGCCACGCAGCGCCGAAUUCACGCCGUACGCCGUUGACGAGAAGGUGAACGUCACUUGGCGGAUGCAGUACCCACAUCAGGGCGGUUUCCGGAUCCGGCUGCUCGACCACGACGGGCGCGAGCUGGAGUACCUGACGAACAACGGCACCUACUUUGUCGGGAUGGAGGAUCAGACUUCGCAAAGUGUCGAAGUCGUCUUCAAGAAACCCUGUCGGCAGUGUACGUUGUUGUUGGAACGGCAGGCGCUCGAAUGGGGGUUGUCGUACACGUUCCGCUCCUGUGCCGACAUCAACGUCGAGAAGGCGCUACCAAAGGACGAAGAUGCAUGCUCACAGAGAGGCACACCGCUCGCUGACGAUUCGUGUGACUGCAACCGGGGAUGGGAGGGCGACAAGUGUCAGUUCAAAGUUGAAUGCAAAAAAGAUGGUGACUGCGGCCCAGCCGGCCUCUGCGUCCAGCAACCAGGCCAGCUAAUCCGCAAAAUCUGCGCCUGCCCCUAUGGUUUCUUCGGGACCCAUUGCCAGAGAAAAUUCCCUGGCAAGACGAACGACUGUGUCGGGUACGACUCGCUGAACAACGACAAGUUCUCGCAGUACGGCAUGUUCAACCCGGAGUGCUAUAACGCAAAGGAACUGCCGAACAACGACACGAUCUACUUCAGAAAGUCUGAUAAAGACGUCGAGAUCAUCCUCGACAUGGCGACAACAUCGUGGCUGGCGUUGGGGUGGCGCCCGCUAGAGUUGUCCCCCACUUGCCGCCUGUUUCCGGACCUUGAAGGAGUCAGCCGAAAAAAGCGCUCUGCCAACGAAACCAUAUUGCCUGAAGAAUCCUUAAUCGAAGACCCCACGUUUCUGGACGCACCGGAAACAGCGGAGCAAGAAGGACCCGCACCCAAGCUUCCGGAAAAUAAUGGCUUCCUACGUGGUGCCCUCGACGCUCCGCUGCACGCUAUGGACUGCGUGGAUUUGGUGACGGCGGCCGUGAUUGAUGGCCGGCUCCUCAUUCGGGACAUGUACUCCCGGGAUCGGAGCACACCGCUUGAUGACUUGUGGUACGAGGGCGAGGACUCGUUGGUAGGGGCGGCAGGUAUCGAAGUCGAUGGCAGAACCGUGGUGAUGUUCCGAAGAUGGAGCCAGGAAAUCGAGCCGACCGAUCACCCACUAGGCCCGGGUCCGAUGCACGGUUCCUACUCUCAUGCGGCUCCAUCGGCGCUAACCGGUUCUCGGCAUACAAACUCCAUGUUCUAUCCGGACGAUUUUCUGAAAUAUCACGGAAAUGUCAAUCGAGGGCAAACCGUCCUGGAUUUCCACGUCUCGGUGCCAGGAAGACCAGAAGAGGACACGAAAGAGUUGAUCGAAACCAUUAUGGAAGAAGAGAAACCGCUCACACCAGCCAGGAGGCCGAUAGCUAGACCGGUGGACAAUACCGAAAAUGUUGACAACAACCUACUGCGACUCCAAGAAGUCCCAGGCAAUGACGUUGAGAAGAAUCUCGUCGACCCACCUUCACCCCAGGCCCCCGGAAGCGCCAAGUCCAACACUGAUCCCGGAAAUUCGGCAUUCACUCUGCCGCGCUUCAAUCUACUGCCAAUUUUUGUUGUCCUAUUAUAUCGACCACUC